CGAACAACAGCUUCUGUUAAGAGCUCCCUCUGUGUUAAUCAUCUGAGAAUUGGACCAGUUCAUUAAGUGUCCCACUGUGUCCUAGUGGACUGUGCGUGCCUUCUGUCAUUCUUCACAACUUGACCUGACCUUCGCAGCGUUGGCAUCUUUCCCAUUAAGGGAGAUGGCAGCUAGGGAUGCCAACGAGGAAGAUAACGCUGCCAGGAGCGAGGAUGUUUGUUGCGGCAGGAGGGAGAGUGCACCUCGUCUAGAGACCCUGGCUGAGGUGUUGCUGCUGAAGAUGCUGAAGGUUGCCACCAGGAGGAGGUCCUGGCACUCAGACAGGACGGCACUCUCUCACAUAGUGUACACACAUGUGCCUCACACAGUGCGACAGCGCCUGCAGGAGCGGGUCCUGCAGGAUUGGCGGGUGUACGACACAGUGAGCUUGAGGAUGCUGCAUCUGCUCUUCUCCUGCACAACCACCUCCCUCCGCCUGGUCCACGUCAGGACCUUCUACCGUGACGACCUAAUCGUUCUCCUUCCACGACUCACUGGCAUCAAAGAACUUUGCUUUCAGGAUUCGACGUGGGAGCUGAGCAGACGGCAGCUGGGGCUCACUGCAGACGCUUUAUCGAGGAUGGUGCACCUGCGAGUGUUGACGCUACAAUACUGUGGUCACAACCUACUGCUGGCUACCGUCGGUGCUCACUGUCCACAUCUUCAGGUGCUGGAUGUACGAGGCUCUCAGGCCGUGGAUGACGAUGGCAUGUGGGGUUUAGUGACAGUCAACCACGCCUUCUACGCCUAUUUGGCACGGCAUGCUCUCUCACAUUCCUCCGUGCCACAAACUCACAAGCCCAGCCUCAGCAUAAGCAGUUGCUGGCUCCUUGCCUUCAAGAGCCUCACUUCUAAGAUGAUGAUGAAAAUGACAGUCAAGAAAACUCAGUCCACUCAGGUAAAUAAUUCUGGCGAUGCGAAGGGGGUUGGAGACGAGACUUGCAGAAAUGUUGGAGCGCUAACGAGCGAGAGAGAAAGAGUGGACCAGGAGGACAUAUCCUGGAGCCAAUGUUGUUCCUCUCUCGUCUUUCUUGAUAUCCGCUGCACCGGUGUUACCCCAGCAGGAGUGACCAUACUUGCCCAGGCACUGCCCGCCCACACCAGCCUGGCCCACGACGCUCAUACCCUCAACACACACGCCCCCAUCAUCAGCACACAUGCCCAUACUUCGAGCACAUACGCCCACAACUACCCCCAGUCUGUCCCUGGCAUUGUGCCUUUGUCACGAGCGCCUCUACUGGCGUAGCAUCCUGCCGUCUGGACUUAAUGAAGUACACCCACCAUCUUGUUUGCAAUAACUACCUCCCACGCCCACACCAUGCUCACAUCACACCCUCACCAUGCUCACAUCACACCCACACCACGCCCACACUUACAAGGUAGCUGGGACUGCCUUGAAUGUACGUUCUUAAAUACUCAGGGUCCUGGUUCUUCUGGCACUGGUCCAGUACUGUGGUGAUACUCAGAGUACAAAUCCUUAUGUACUUUUUCGUCCAGCUGACCGUUCACUUUUACCCAACAGGAGCUGCACCUCAUAUCUGUAUGAAUUAAAGACUUUAGAAAAACGUUAAUUUCACGAUGUAUACUACGUGAUUUAACAAAUUUUCACAGACUUUAAUAAGUAACUUUACAAGAUCUAGUCCGAAUUAAUAGCUAAAAAAAAAUAGAUAACAGAAAAAAGGUCGUUGUUGGCCUCUAGUCUAUUAUUUCCCCUCCUACGGGGAAAGUCUCUUGAUCCAAGAAAUUGGAGGUUCCUUUCCUUGGAUAAAAUCUGACAGUCUCCCGUUCUCCAGGGCUGUAUUACCCAAAAGGGUUUAGCGCUUCCUCGUAACUUUACUAAUAAUAAUAAUAAUAAUAAUAAUAAUAAUAAUAAUACUAUUCUUUCUUAGUAAAGAUAUUCUUUUAUUAAUGUAGUUUCGUAGUUUAAUUCUUAAUGUUUAUUCUUCCUUAUUACUUGUGCUUCCACGUGAACCUAAUUUUACUGAGAGUCUUAUGAACCCGUUUCCUUGCACCUAGCAGUAGAUAGGUACCUGGGUGUAUGUCUCCUUCCAUUUGCUGUCUCAUCUCACCUAGCAGUAGACAGGUGCCUGAGUGGUGUUAGUCAACCGCUGUGGGUGGCAUCCUGGGGGAGGACACCACAGGGUAAAUCUCCUACUUUAUCUGGUUUUUCUGAGUUAUCCUGGAUACAUAAUUUCCUCAUGAGUUUACCAACACACACACACACACACACACACACACACACACACACACACACACACACACACACACACACACACACACACACACAUACACACACACACACACAUACACACACACACACACCAACAUGUUAAGGACACUACCAGAGUGAGAGGGGAGGAUGAACCAGCAAGAUUGGACCUUGUGUUCACCCUGGGCAGCUCAGACAUUGAGGACAUCAAGUAUGAGAGUCCCCUAGGAGCUAGCGACCACGUGGUUCUGUGCUUUGAAUACAUAGUAGAGCUGCAAGUGGAGAGAAUAACAGGAGUAGAAUGGGAAAAGCCUGACUAUAAAAGAGGGGACUACAUAGGGUUGAAGAACUUCAUGAGGGAGGUCCAGUGGGACAGAGAACUGGCAGGAAAGCCAGUAAAUGAAAUGAUGGAAUAUGUAGCAACAAAAUGCAAGGAGGCAGUGGAAAGGUCUUUCCCCAAGGGCAACAGUAACAACGGGAAGACCAGAACAGCCCCUGGUUUACCCGACGGUGUAAGGAGGCAAAAACAAAGUGCAA